AUGGAUUUACGGGUCGGAAGAAAAUACCGGAUCGGUAGAAAGAUCGGAUCAGGAUCUUUCGGUGAUAUUUACCUUGGAACCAACAUCAUUUCUGGAGAGGAGGUUGCCAUCAAACUUGAGAAUGUUAGAGCGAAACAUCCCCAACUUGAGUAUGAGGCAAAGGUGUACAAGGCUCUCUGUGGAGGUGUCGGUAUUCCUUUCGUCAGAUGGUUCGGAACCGAGUGUGAUUAUAACGCCAUGGUGAUUGAUCUCUUAGGUCCGUCUUUAGAAGAUCUGUUCAACUAUUGCAAUAGGAAAUUUUCCUACAAAACCGUUCUUUUGCUGGCUGAUCAACUGCUUUGCAGAAUCGAGUUCAUCCACGCUAGAAGUUUCAUUCAUAGAGAUAUCAAGCCCGAUAACUUCCUGAUGGGUAUUGGUAAAAAAGGCUCUCAAGUUAACGUUAUUGAUUUUGGAUUGGCUAAAAAGUUCAGAGACCCAAGAACUCAUCUCCACAUUCCUUAUAGAGAGAACAAGAAUCUUACCGGAACUGCCAGAUACGCUUCCAUCAACACUCAUCUUGGUAUUGAGCAGUCCAGAAGAGAUGAUUUGGAAUCUCUGGGAUAUGUUUUAAUAUACUUCUGCCGCGGUUCUUUGCCAUGGCAAGGUCUGAAAGCCGCCACAAAGAGACAAAAGUACGAUCGGAUUUUGGAGAAGAAGAUGGCCACUCCUGCAGAGGUGCUCGCAAGAGGUCUUCCGUUGGAAUUCAGACACUAUCUUAACUACGUGAGGGCUUUGCGGUUUGAUGACAAACCAGAUUACAUUUACCUGAGAAAAAUAUUCAGACAACUGUUCAUCAGAGAGGGCUAUCUCUACGAUUCUAUUUUUGACUGGACCGUUUUCAAGUACAAGCUUCACCAGCAAGCGCAACAGCAGCAACAGCAGCAAAAGGCUAUUCAAAGCGGUGAAGAGCCCGAGGAGAAGGAGGCUGAUAAGAUCACUUCUGCGCAAACACAACAACCUUCCCAACAACCUUCUCAGCCACAGCCACAACAACCACCGCAGCAGCAGGCCGUUUCUUCGCAACAGCAAUACUACCAGGAGCCUGUUUCUGAUGCCAACGCUGUGAAGCCUCUUCUACAACAAUCGCAAGAGCAAGCUCAACCUGUUCCGGAUCCUUCUUCUUUGGUGACCAACAACCGGUAUAAAGGAACACAUUUACCUGUCGCCACCACCCUCUUACCGGUCGAUGCCCCACGAUAUCAAACCACCGACUAUAACCCUACUUGGCUGUGA